GGAGGUGCUGGUGUCCUGGAGCUUGGCUACGGCUCGGCGCACGCGCGUCGGGCCCGGACUGCGGAGCGCCGGUGAUCCAAAUGGGCAAAAGGCAAGGCCACAGGUUCGAGGCCCCGCCCCUUCAGGCCGUGCGGCCAGUCACGUGACACGAAGAGCGCCGAAUUCCUCCGGAGUCAGCACCAUUUCCUGUGCAAUUUCAUGGAGACUUCCACGUCCGCCUCCCCUGCAGGGGGCUUCUUCCCCUCUUUCCUGCUCCUGGCCUUCGGGACGCUAGUGGCCGCUCUGCUGGGCGCCGCGCACCACCUGGGGCUCUUCUAUCAGCUGAUGCACAAGGUGGACAAAGCAAGCAUCCGGCAUGGCGGGGAGAACGUGGCAGCCGUGCUCAGGGCCCACAGUGUGCGGUUCGUUUUCACGCUGGUUGGCGGGCACAUUUCCCCACUGCUGGUGGCCUGUGAGAAGCUGGGCAUCCGCGUGGUGGACACCCGCCAUGAAGGCACAGCUGUCUUUGCUGCGGAUGCCGUGGCCCGCCUGACUGGGACAGUGGGCGUGGCAGCAGUGACGGCAGGUCCCGGCCUCACCAACACAGUGACGGCAGUGAAGAAUGCCCAGAUGGCCCAGUCCCCAGUGCUGCUUCUGGGUGGGGCUGCCAGCACCCUGCUGCAGAACCGGGGUGCGCUCCAGGCUAUCGAUCAGAUGUCCCUGUUCCGGCCACUUUGCAAGUUUUGUGCUUCUGUGCGGAGGGUGCGGGAUAUCAUCCCAACCCUGAGGGCUGCGAUGGCUGCUGCUCAGUCAGGCACCCCAGGCCCGGUGUUUGUGGAACUGCCUAUUGACGUGCUGUACCCUUACUUCAUGGUUCAGAAGGAGAUGGUGCCAGCCAAGCCACCCAAGGGCCUCAUAGGUCGAGGGGUCUCCUGGUACUUAGAGAAUCACCUGGCCAACCUCUUUGCAGGAGCCUGGGAGCCUCAGCCUGAGGGGCCCCUGCCACUGGACAUCCCCCAGGCUUCCCCCCAGCAGGUUCAGCACUGUGUAGAGAUCUUGAGCCGGGCCAAAAGGCCCCUUAUGCUGCUCGGGAGCCAGGCUGUGCUGCCCCCGACACCUGCAGACAAACUUCGGGCUGCUGUGGAGACCCUGGGCGUUCCCUGCUUCCUGGGGGGGAUGGCUCGGGGGCUGCUGGGCCGCAACCACCCCCUCCACAUCCGGCAGAACCGCAGCGCCGCCCUGAAGAAGGCAGAUGUCGUUGUCCUAGCAGGAAUGGUGUGUGACUUCCGCCUGUCCUAUGGCCGUGUCUUCAGCCGCAGCAGCAAAAUCAUCGUUGUCAACCGUAACUGGAAGGAGAUGUUGAUCAACUCGGACAUGUUCUGGAAGCCCCAGGAGGCUGUGCAGGGAGACGUGGGCUCCUUCGUGGUCAAGUUGGUGCAGGGCCUUCAGGGCCAGACAUGGGCCUCAGACUGGGCAGAGGAGCUUCGGCAGGCUGACCACCAGAAGGAGCAGACCUUUCGGGAAAAGGCGUUGAUGCCCGUAGCCCAGCACCUUAACCCAGUGCGGGUGCUGCAGCUGGUGGAGGAGACUCUGCCCGACAAUUCAGUUCUGGUGGUCGAUGGUGGGGACUUCGUGGGCACUGCCGCCCACCUGGUGCAGCCCCGUGGCCCCCUGCGCUGGCUUGAUCCUGGGGCCUUCGGGACUCUGGGGGUUGGUGCAGGAUUUGCACUCGGGGCCAAACUAUGUCGGCCGGAUGCUGAGGUCUGGUGCCUCUUUGGGGAUGGAGCCUUUGGCUACAGCCUCAUCGAAUUUGACACCUUUGUCAGACACAAGAUCCCAGUGAUCGCCUUGAUAGGGAAUGAUGCUGGCUGGACUCAGAUUUCUCGGGAGCAAGUGCCCUCUCUGGGCAGCAAUGUGGCCUGUGGCUUGGCUUACACUGAUUAUCACAAGGCAGCCAUGGGACUGGGGGCCCAGGGCUUGCUGCUUUCACGAGAGAGUGAGGAUCAGGUGAUCAAGGUGUUGCGUGAUGCCCAGCAGCAGUACCAAGAUGGCCACUCGGUCGUCAUCAACAUCCUCAUCGAGAGGACAGACUUCCGAGAUGGCUCCAUUGCCGUGUAGGGUCUUGUGGGUCAGUGCCCUUGGCUCCCUUCCCACCGCUGGACUGUGCCUAGCUGGUUUGAAGUCUCAUCCUUGCCUGCCCUGGGCCUAUCCCAUGAGGCCCAGUGACUACAAUCCUCCCUGAUGACAGGGAGGGACUGGAGGGGGUCAGAGCUCAGGGAGGCUCCCUGGCAGCACUGGAGAGCCCUUGGGCCUUUUUCUGUGGGCCCAACCGUGCUCUCUCCCCUUCUCUCUCACACACUGAAUAAAACACCUCUGGUCCACGUGAGCCCAAGUACUUA